AUGAAUCACAAUUGCAACAGCAAAUGCCGAUCGUUUCGACGCUGUGCAACGUGCCAAUAUCCACAUCAUACAAUACUACAUCAAGAUUACGAGAAGUCCCUAGUCCAGAAGCCAGCAGUACAUGCGUCAACAGCUAAAGAGGUGAAGACCGGAAUCGCGGGGAACAAUGAAGUCUUGUUGGCAACCGCAUUAGUAAGAGUGGAAGACGUUAUGGGUGAACUCCACGUACUACGAGCAUUGGUGGAUCCAGGGUCUCAGGCAUCCUUUAUAACCGAGCAGGCAGCACAAGUGCUAAGGCUACCCAGGCAGACAGUACGGGCAGAAGUUAGCGGCUUAGGGAGGUCAGAACCUACGAAGGCAACAUCCAAGAUCACCAUCCAGCUACGACCACGUCAUUCAAGCACGUUCACAUUAGCAAUGGACGUAGUAAUUUUGAAGAGGAUCACAGGGGAGCUUCCGAGCAAGUCGUUCGAGUUCAACACCGAUCGAUGGAAAAACCAACUGCUGGCUGACCCCACUCUCAACAAACCAGGUCCCAUAGACAUUCUUCUGGGGGCAGAAGAUUACGCCAACAUCAUAAUGGAUGGCAUAAGGAAAGAAGACAGCUGCUUGGCCCAGAACUCAGAAUUGGGAUGGAUCCUGUCAGGGCAAAUACACACCCCAAAGAGACAUAAUGUGACACUAAUCAGCAUGGUGUCGCGAGCAACAAAGAACACACAGUUAGAAAGGUUCUGGGAGCUAGAAGAAAUACCAGGCUCAGCAGGGCCGUCCAAACAAGAUACAGAGUGUGAACAGCACUACCAGGAAACCACCGUAAGAAACACUGAUGGAACUUACACAGUAAGAAUACCGUUCAAAGAGGAACCGUCGGUAUUGGAAAGUGCCAGGCCAGUGGCGGUUGCAAGAUUAGUACAAUUAGAAAAGAAGUUCCUUGUCAACACCAAGUUGGAGAAGGAGUACAAAGCCUUCAUGCAAGAAUACUUGGAACUGGGGCACAUGAAAUUAGCCACCAAUCCACCACACCACAGGAGAAACGAAUUUACAUUCCUCAUCAAGCAGUAA